CUAAUUUCACUACCUUACAUUAUUCCAGCCAGGUUCCUGGCCGUGGAUGGAUGGUGGUGCUGGUGCUGGUGCUGCUGUACUGGUACUAAAACUAAAAGCAGCAUCGGCCCCCCCGUCCCAACGACAGAAACUAUUCCCUCCGUGUAUACGAUCGGCCUUUCAUCCCCACUCCCUGGCCUCGUUCAGGUCCGGUCGGGUUGGGUCUAGUUCAUCAUGGGGUAAGUGGGAGGAGGCUGGAGGAGGAGAAGAAGAAGAAGGAGCUGGAGCUGAGAAUGACGCUGAUUAAUAUCUGACUGG